AGAUUUCAUGCAUGCGUAUUUCUUUUAUUUAACAAGAGUAAUUAAUUACUGGGUAUAUUAUUGUUCUUGCCAAAUAAUAUAUGGCUACAGGCCAGCAAGGACCACCAACCCGUCCAUGGUUUCGUUUAGCUACCAUGGUUCGUCCACCCCCAUCAGCCGCACCAGCUCCACAGCCUGCUCAAGCGCCACCAUCAAGGCCAACAAUAAUUACUCGACCAGAACUCGCUCUUCGACUCUCACAACCACCAGUAGUAGCUAGAGCAACACCGACACCCAUCACAUCCUCCCCUCCAAAAACAGAGCAAAUUAUCCCUUCUAACCCUACUACUACUACUACUACUACUACUAUUUCUAACCCUCCAUCACCAUUAGCUCUCCCUUCACCACAGCUCAAGUAUUCCAAUCAAGCAACGAAAGUAGACAAUAAUGAUAACAGUAGACGCAGCUUGGAUAAGAGAACAAAGACAGCCAUAAACAAGCUGCGCCCAGAGGAUGUUGUUGGUAAUGGGAUGACAAGAAGGGUUAUAAUUGCUGGUGAAAACAAGGGAGCCAUCAUGGAUGUCUCAAGUGAUAAGUCAGCUGCAUCAGAUACCAAUAACUACUACUCAAAAAAAUCAAAUAUAAGUAGGAACAAUAACUACAUUAAACCACUUAUGGGUGCAGUCAUGAAUAGUAAUGUACAGGGUGUAAACAAUUCUAUUCUCUGCAACUCUUCCACCACUCAUCAUGACCCUGGUCUCCAUCUUUCUCUCUCAAGAAAAAAUGCCUCUAGUAGUAGUGGCCGGGGCAAUUAAUUAGAUCAAACUCCGCAUAAGUAAAGCAACACAUAAAAGAUACAUUAAUAAUAAAUAAAUAACGCAACCACUUGUGUUUCUUUUAUCAUCAUCUCCAGUACUGAUCAAUAAUUAGACUAGUCAAAUGUAUGGUCUCAAAAUAUAUAUAUUCCUACAUACAAGACAUAUUCUCAAAGCUUUUUAAAUUUA